AACAUUUCCUCUCCCCAAAUUCUGUACCCUGGAUAUAGAGAUAUGUACUGCGAGAAGUUAUGUACUAGGAGUAGUAGAACCUCCCCUGCAUCGUGUACUAGUUGUACUGAACCAAACUACUGUACAGUCAAGUGGACUGGGCAGUACAAAAAUGAUGUGGAUUGUUUGAAGCAAGAUAAUUGUACUGCAGGAUAUCAAUUAGGAUUAUUGGAUGAGAGUUGGAAGGAUUUAAACUGGGAGGAUUUCGCUUCAGCUGCCUCACUAAGACUGUACUUAGCUUCCCUGGUGGACUAUUCCAAUGAGCGUGAAACUUAUGGUGCUGCUCAUAUACGGUGUAAAGGAGGUGUUGUUAAUGGUGGAAAGGUUCAAGUUGUUGCUCUGCCUCCCCGUAGAAUAGAUAGAACUGGAUACAAGCUGUACAAGGAUAGGGUCAGCUUUAAUAUUAUUAUUCUAGAUGAUCUGAGUCGGGAUGAGUUCUACUCUGUGUAUCCCCAAACAGUUGGGAAGCUUGAGAAGAUCAAUAGAGAUCAUACAACUCAGACAGAAGUUCUUGACUUCUCUAUGCUUCAGAACCUAGGGUCGGAAAAUAAUGAAAAUCUCAGAGCUUUAUUCACAGGUUAUGUUGCUCCGCCGAAUGAUGAUGGUGAGAGGCUGGAUGAGGAGGACAGAGUUGAGGAGGAAAGCAAACCUGGAAAGGAUCAAGAACUCAUCUUUGGGUACUUCUCUUCUAAAGGUUACAAAACAGCUGUUUAUGAUUCUGGAUGCUGGUAUAAGACGAGCAAACUCGCUUCUCUUUUAAACAUCAAGCAAAAUGAAACCAGAGACAUAUUUGAGGAAAGGUUGAAGUUGGUUGGUAUCCAGUCUGUGGGAACUAGUAGAUCAACCUGUAUCCAUCCUUCUUCAUGCUGUACUCAACUAAAUUCGGUGAAAUUAAAUUUUCACAGUUUGACAAUGCAUCUUAAAAGUUUUGAGCAGCACCGUGUUCCUUACUUAUCAGUUUUAUUCCUAAACAACAAGGAAUUAGAGAACAAGGAGCUGGACAAAGUCCUUCUGGAGCAUGUCGAGGAGUCAAAAAAGUUUAAGAAUACAUUCACCAUUAUUACUUCAGCCAAGAGUGAAGGUGAAUACAGCAGCAUGCCACUGUUUAUGAUUGUUCCUGGUCGAGCCAAGGAUGUUUUAAUAGACAUAGAAUGGCAAGGACUAGUAGGAAAUCAGGAUAGAUUAAUUUCUCAUCUAGAUGUCUACCAUACAUUCAGAUGGAUGAUAAAAACUAAACCCUCUGAAAUGGUUGGAAUGAAAGACCUAGAUGUGGAUUUACUGGAGUUUAAUAAGAAGUAUAUGAGCAGCAGAGAGGGUCUAAUAGCAGAUAUUUCAAGACAGAGGCAGUGUAAAGAUCUGCCUAGGUCAGGGUUUGGGUGCCUAUGCCGACCAGAGGCUCAACUCUUAACCAUAAAUCCUACAAUUCAGUUGCUAGGAGUGUUUGGAUGUGAGAAUAUAGAAGAUGGUAGAUUGUGUGGAUGUAACACUCUAGCGGUGGUUUCUGCAACAAAAGAACAAUAUCCGGGAGAUGAUAUGCAUAUAAACCUGGCAACAAUUGAGCUGGAAAACGGGCUAGGUACACGCUCUGCAGUACAAAUUAAUGUAAACAAACAAACAAUGAAAAUUAAGAUUUCCAGUAUAGCGAGUAAUCUUGAUUGCGGGGGUGAUUUGUCAAAAGAUGACGACAUUUUAGAUCAUAUUGAUGAGAAAAUGGUCGAACCGGGGAUCAAGAAAUCGAUUGAGAGUUUGUACACAGAAAACGAAGUUGAAUGUUUCUUCCUAGUUGAAUCUAGUACAGCUGGGUUAUCUGUUGUACAACUAGUUAAUUCAUGUACAGCUGAGAUUCGAGUAAAGCUAGAGUUUAGAGUUGAAAAUGUAUUUUAUAUGCGCACAGAUACAAAUGUUGCCAAGUUUAAUGAAAGCCAACCUUAA